GUUUCAAGCCGUUGUAAGGAUCCGUGCGAUGAGUGGAGGGGUCGCGUAGCCAUAACAGAAAUUCGACCCCUCCACCAGUGCUUUCCUUCCUAGUCACUCUAAGUAAGUAGUACAGCUCCCAAGUCAUGUCGCAGGCCAUUGGUAAUACUGCACUCGCAUACGCCCGCGUCUGGCACCAUGUCGAUGCGUCAGACCGCAUCCUCGGAAAACUGGCGCAGAGGAUUGCAUAUGUGCUCAUGGGUAAACAUAAGCCCAUCUACGACAAGGGCAUCGACUGUGGCGACUACGUCAUCGUGACGAAUGCCCGCAACAUCCAGGUGUCGGGCAGGAAAGAGGAACAGUUGGUUUACCGAAAACACUCGAUGUAUCCGGGCGGACUCAAGGAAGAAAAGUUCAAAGACUUGGUGGAGACGAAGCCUCACGAGACCAUCGUUCACGCUGUCUCAGGAAUGUUGCCAAAGAAUAAGCUGAGGAAUCGACGGUUGGCACGGCUAAAGGUUUUCGGAGGCUCGAAUAUGGGCAUUUAUAGAAACAAUAUCCUGAAACGUUGGGAAGACGGGACGCUCUCGGACGACUACAUUCUAAAACUCGAUCCUAAGAACAGGACUCCGAAGCCAGCGCAAUCGUGAUUCCCCUC